AUGUUGUUGAGCGAACAAGUGCGUAAUAUCAGCGGUCUAGAUUACGCGUUAUUCACCUUAGUUCUUGUGAUCUCUGUGUUUAUCGGUUACUACCAUGGCGUCCAGUCCAAAACCAAGCCAAACACCCCCGAUGAGUUCUUCUUGGGCAACAAGAAUAUGAGUGUCUUUCCAGUUGCUGUAUCGCUGCUUGUCACCUUUGUAUCUGGAAUGCAAAUAAUUGGAAUUUCCGCGGACGUGUACGCCCAUGGAAUGCAGCUCUGGCUCUACGUCUUCACGAACUUCAUCAUGGUUCUCGUCACAUCCUACAUUUUCCUCCCAGUCCUCUACGAACUGCAACUGCCAUCGAGCUUCAGCUAUCUUAAGCUGCGCUUCGGCAGAGAAACCCAAUUGCUAGCCAGCUUUAUUUACUUGAUUGGCGCUUCACUCUUCGUGGCGAUUAAUUUCUAUGUUCCAGCCUUGGUAGUUCGUCACAUAACAGGCACUUCCAUCUGGCUAACAACUGUGGUGCUGGGAAGUGUGUGUAUAUUCUACACCGCAAUCGGGGGAUUUAGAGCAGUGAUCUGGGCGGACUUCUUCCAAGCCAUCCUGAUAAUCGUCUGCUGUCUAGCAAUAGCCUUCGUAGGCUUAAAUCUCGUUGGAGGAAGCAAGGAAGUCUGGAGCAGAGCUCAAAGUGGAGGUCGCACAGUUCUACUCAAUCUAGAUCCCGAUCCAACACUCAGAAUAUCCCUCUGGACUAUGCUCUUUGGUCACACCUUCCUCACUGUCAACAAUUUUGGCCUGAAUCAGACAUCAAUCCAACGCUUCCUCUCCGUGUCCAGUUUGGCUAAGGCUAGAAGAGUCCUAAUCCUGUUCUACGCUGGAUUCUUACUACUACACAUUCUAUCGAUUGCAACAGGCCUCAUUAUCUACGCUUAUUACGAGUCAUGCGAUCCCUUAACAGCUGGUUUCAUAGAGAAGCUCGAUCAGUUAGUGCCAUUCUUCGUCUUCGAUACUGCUGAGCAUUUGCCUGGAAUGCCGGGGAUUUUCGUGGCUGGAAUCUUCUCUGCAAGUUUGUCAACAAUGUCCUCGUGCUUGAACAGCAUUACUACGUGUUUCUUCGAGGACUUCAUUCGACCGUUCUUGCCGCAACUGUCCAAGCAGAAGACUUGCAAUCUUCUGAAGAUACUAACAGUCAUCAUGGGGUGUUUGCAGCUCUGUUUAGUACUCAUUGUGGACAAAUUAGGCACCAUUUACACUGUUGUGAUAACAAUUCUUGGUCUGACAUGCGGAACAAUGCUUGGACUCUUUGCAAUGGGAAUAUUUCUAUCAAAAGCUAACCAGAAGGGAGCAAUCAGUGGAACGAUAGUUUCUAUGCUAACUGUUGGAGUUAUCAUAAUUGGAGGCUUUGCUAGAGUACCUGAUCCUCCUCUUCCUCUCAAUACUAACGGAUGUGCCACCAAUUCAAGUGCCCUGAUAAACACCACUCAGCCUGAACACGGAGACUUACCACUAAUCUUCCGAAUAAGCUUCAUGUACUACUCCACAAUCGGAUUCCUCCUGGUUUAUCUCAUUGGUUAUCCCGUGAGCGUGCUCAGUGGCGGCAAUAAAAUCUCCGAUCAGCGUCUCUUGGCGACAUUCUUGAGAACUGAAGAACCACAUGACAUUGAGGAGUUGAAAAGCCUCCCAACUUUCUAG